GAAAUAUACCGUUAUUACCUGCUGAGUCCUGUGCAACUGCUAUUCAGUCACCUAGCACACACACACACACACACACACACAUCGGUUUUCACCAGUCCCUGAAACUAGAGGCCUUCCACCUUAUUGUGGCAGAACUGACACGAUGCCGCAGAGCCACAGCGCGGAGAAGCAGCGCCACGUGCGUCUCACGGUGCACAUGCUCGUCAGCUUGGAUGGAAAGACGAACGGCGACGUUCUUGAGACACCACACCACGCACAGUUGAUGUCGGAGUACUAUCGUGUGGAUAACGAGUUCCUUAAACCCCAGACGCAAGUGUGUCUGUGCGGACGCAACUCGAUUGGGCCUCAUGCCUCGCUGGAGAAUCCAAACAACUAUCCGGCCCUGGACAAGGCGGGCGAUCGCAGCGACUUCCACGCCGAUUUGGAGACGAACCCCGCACCAGCUGGGAACCACUAUUUCACCGCGAUUGACCCCCACGGUCGUCUUGGCUGGAAGGUGAAUACCGUCUACAUAAAAGAUUUUCCCUUUUACAACGGUGACCGCAUCGUCGAGGUGCUUGUGGAGGACUUCGUGACGGACGAGUUCCUCGCGCAGCUGCGCAAGGUGAACGUGCCGUACAUCUUCGGCAAGUCCGCGCUGGACUGCCGCCUGGCGCUGGAGAAGCUGGGCAAGCUGUUCAAGACGGACACUGUGGUGUGCCACGGCGGCGGCACGGUCAACGGCAGCUUCCUCGAACAGGGUGCGGUGGACCACCUCAGCCUCAUUUUGCUACCAGCGGUGAGCGGUGACCCGGACGCCGUUUCCCUGUUCAAUCCGAUGCCCGGAAAGAAGCUGCCUAUUGCUGAGUUUGACCUGGAGCACGUGGAGAAGCUUGUUGACGGUGGUCUCUGGCUCCGGUACAACCGCAAAGCGUAA